GUGUUGCGUUUGACAAAAGGCACUCUCAACGAAUCAACGUGCGGUAUCUCCACCGCCCAAACCCCACACUGCCUACGUGGAAAAAUAUGCUUUACAUGUGUGGAUCCCAUUCAACGACAACUACUCCCACAAUUAACAAUAGCAAUUUAGUGGGACCCCCAUGAUCGUUCAAUAUCAGUGGCCAGGUCAGCAAUUUCUGACAACUCUAAUUCCAGAUUUACCCGAAAAGGAACCAAAUUCUUAGCGGAGAAUCCAACGCAACGUAAUACACUCUCCGUCUCUAAGCUCAAACUCUGCUCCACUUUGUCACUGGAAAAAAUGACACCGCAGCACUAUGCGACGGAGCUCGACACCGCCACCACGGACUCCGUCACCUCCUCUCCUCGCUCCGAAUACUCAGCUCACGAAAACAACCUACGGGUACGCUUCAUGUGCAGCUUCGGCGGUCAAAUCCUCCCUCGCCCCAACGACAACCAGCUCCGCUAUGUUGGCGGCGACACUCGAAUUUUCGCAAUUCAUCGCUCCUCCACCUUCUCCGCCCUCCUCAUCAAGCUCGCCAAGCUCUCAGGUUGUAGCAAUUUUAGUGUGAAGUACCAACUGCCCAACGAAGAUCUUGACGCGUUGAUUUCUGUGACAACCGACGAGGACGUGGAGAACAUGAUGGAAGAAUAUGAAAGGCUGUCAAACAAUCAUAACCCCAAAGCGGCUCGGCUUCGUCUCUUUCUCUUUAACAAAGGGGAUAGCUCACGAGCCAGCAGCAUCAGCUCACUCCUUGAAGGCUCGGCUAACCGUCAGCACUGGUUCCUCGACGCCCUUAAUGGUGGUGGAGCGGGUCUCGAGCGUGGCCGUUCCGAAGUUUCAUCGAUUGUGUCCGAAGUACCGGAUUAUCUAUUUGGUUUGGAUAAUCCGGAUGAGUCCCAGCCUCCUCGUGAACCGAGAAUGAAGACCCGAACCGUUAUACCGGAUAACGUGUCUGCUUCCGAUCCCGGAUCACCUGCUCCGGUUGUUCAAUCCCCGUUUUGCUCGACUUCGUCGGCUUCUAACAUGCCGUAUAUGCCGGAUCUUCCACCGGUGAAGACCAAACCCGAUAACCCGGAGCCAAAUAUGCAGGUGAAGGAGAAUGAUCAGCCCUUAUCGCAGCCAAUGUUGUAUUCGGGCAAUCCCGUAUUGCAGUACAUGCCGGAGCCACAUUAUUCGGGUCCUCCUGUGCAACCAUAUCCGGUUUAUUACGUCUCGGGUCCGGUUCAUCCGGGAAUGAUCCCAACUCAGCAGGUUCAACCUCUGGGCCCAUAUAUGCAUCAAGUGCCAGUUCAAACGAAUAAAAUACCAGUCGGGUAUCAUCAGCCGGUUCAUGGUAUGGGUCAAGCAUAUGGAGCUGGAACUAGGCCCAUGGACCCUUAUGACGUGUCAGCAAGAGUGGUGACUGAUGGGACGAAUCAACAACUUUAUUAUGGUGUUACACAUGCGGGUGCGGUUCCAAUGUAUCCGGGUAUGGUUAUGCCCGGUGGUGAAGAAUUGCAAAGAACAGGAUCGGAUGUGAGCUCCACGGGUCGGGUCUAGCAAUCAUAUUGAUUAAUCUCCUCUUUUUUUUUUUUGGGUUUUAAUAUUCCUAUGUGUCAAGGCAUUUGUAUCUCUGUGUAUGGCAUUGUUUGCAGCGAACAUAAGUCCUCUACCGUGUGUAUUUCUCUAAGAGGUCACUUGAUAGUAAAAAGGCAAUCUGUGUAAAUUUCCUUUUGUGUGUAAGAUUUGUUUGCUUUGUAUUAUAAUUAGCCUCCUUCAGUUUGUAACAACAUUUAGUAUUAUGCAAGUGUGACAAAGUGAGGAAGAGCUUUGGUUUU